CACACGUGUAUGACUUAAUAUACUCACUUGGCUAAUGGCUACUUUUAACUUGUAAGUUGUGUUUUAAGUAUAUAUUACUUUUUAACUUCAACUAUUUUUUUUUCAAAAUUCUAGCGAAUUAUUGUCUAUUGUAAAUAUUAUUCAGUUUCAAUUAAGUUUUAUUAUUUGUGGCCCCCCUGUUUCCCAUUUAUUUAAACAUAUAAAUUAAAACGCGAAAUGGCUACUGAAACUUCAGAAGACAAAGUGGAUUUGGUGGCCAAAGAGAUAGAACUUACAAAGUUAUUGGCAUCAAAUGAUCCCAAAACUAGAAGUGAUGGUAUUAAACAAAUUAAACAACUGUUACUGAAACAUUCUGGAAACACUAAUGAUGCAUUUCAAUUGAAUGAUUAUUUGAUUAUAUGGAGAGGAUUAUUUUACUUUAUGUGGAUGUCUGAUAAACCACUACCUCAAGAAAGUGCUACUGAAAAAAUAAGUAAUCUUAUCCAUAGUUGCACUUCUAAUCAAGGAAAAAUUUUAUUUGUGGAUGCAUUUUUUCUCACUAUCAAAGAUGAUUGGAUGUCAAUAAGUCAGCAUCGUAUUGAUAAAUUUAUGAUGUUGGUGAGGCGUUGUUUAAGACAAUUGUUAUUUACCUUCGUCAAUUGUGAUUGGGAAACGGAGUAUGUGGAGAAAUUCAGUGAAGUUCUUUAUAGAGCUCUUAAAUCAUUCACACUAAGUUUAAGAACUCAUUUACAAGAAAUUUUCUUAGAAGAACUUGCUAAAGUGAGUAGAGGAAAAGUACCUACUCAUGCAUUGGUCAUUAUUUUAGAUUCAUUCUUACAUUACAUUUCUGAGCUCAAUGAUUUUAUGUUAAUCAAAGAAGUUACCCAAAAUGUAUUUAGAAAUCUUCUAUCCCAAUCACCGGAUUUAGAAAUGUUAGAAGCUAAAUUUGAAGCUUGGCGAAAAAUGGGUAAACCAGGCAAAUCAUAUAACGACUUAGAAUUGGUUGAAGGUGAUAUAGCUGAUGACGAUUCUAAUGAAAUAAAUGAGAGCCCAUUAGAUCCUCGUGCUGGUAAUGUAAGUGUUGAAAUACCUCGCAUCAAGUUUGAUCCUAAAGCUAUAGCAAAGCUUUUAAAUAAAUAUGUAAAUGAUAUUGAUUGUACCAGAAAGUGUUUAUUAGAAAUAACUAAAUUAGUUAAAUGGUAUGAUCGUUUGGGAGGUGGUUUACUACCCUAUAAACCAAAAGACUUGAAAUUAAAUAGUCAAGUAUUAAAGCGAAAAAAGAAAAAAUAUUUGUCUAAACUGGUAAAAGAAGGAGUUAAAAAGUUAGAAAUGGUUGAUUCUAAGAUUAAAAAAAGUAGCCGUGAAGUUAAUGACCAUAAAAGUCUUAAAGAACUUAAUAAGAUGGGUGAAAUAGUAGUUGAACAUGGAAAAAUUGGAAAAUCUACAUGGAAAGUUAGAAAGUUUGAUAAUGUCAAUACUUUAAAAGAGAACUUCAAUUUAAAUGGAUCUUGGACUGUAUCAGAGGAAACUAAAAAUGAUGACGCUAAAACUGUGCCUGUUACUGAUGAUGAACCACCACUUCUGGUUCCUGCUGGAUUUAAUGUUGAAGUUUCAGACACUCUUGAAACGCCAACUAAAGUUCAGAAAAAAGUUUCUUUGACACCAAAUUUAAAAUCUUUAACAGUUGAUUCAUCUCUAAAAGAAAGUAAUUCUAAUAAACGCAAAAGUAAAAGUCCAAUAUCUAAAAGUAAUGAUGAUUCAAAUAAAAAAAAUAAUCAAAAACCAAAUUCUCCUUUCAUUAAAAUUGGUACUCCUAAUACUUUAAAUGCGAGUCACAACAAUAGCAAUAGUUGGUCAGUGUCAGCAGACAAUUCAGGGUCUGCAUCUAAAAAGGUUAAGAAGAGCAUUGAGUCUCCUAAAGCAGUAAAUGCAUCACCAUUUAAUAAUAAAAGUAUUACACCAGAUAAUGGAAUUGAAAAAAAAAAUAAAGUUGAUGAUUUAGUUAUAUCCAAAAUAAAACGGCGUUCUAAUGAAAUAAAUAUUAAUUCAAGUCUAAAUGAAAGUUGGAGUGUGUGCAGCGAUGAAAAACUCAAAUUGAAUAAAUGCACUACUCCAGUAUCAAAACUUGCAAAUGAACCAGAUAAUAAAAAUGUUCAAAAAUCAAACUCUCCUAUUGUUAACAAUGGUUCGCCUAAUGUUGUAAACACAAGUCAUAAUAAUAGUUGGUCGGUAUCUGCUGAUAAUGGUUCUGCAUCUAAAAAAGUUAAAAAAGGCAACACGCCUAGUAAAGUCGAAAAACGAAUUUCAUUAACAUCUGUUAUUACACCAGAUAAGAAUUCUAAGAGCCCAAAAAGCCCUAAAAGUCCAACUCCUGAACAAAGAGUAUUGCGAAGAAGAACAAUUAUAAUUCCCAAGAAAAAACCUGAUGAACAAAAUGAAGGUACACCUAAAAGAAAAGUGAAAGAAAAUUCAGCCACUAAAGUAUCGCAAAAACGUAGAAAGACAAUAGCAGGAGAAGAAAUAAGCAUGUUAAAACCUGAGGAAAUUUCAAAUAAGGCCCUUGAAAAAGUGCGAAGUGAAGUUUUUGAGGAUGGUCUUGGUACUCCUAGAAAAAGUUCAAGAUUAUCAAUUAAAACCGAUUCUGCUAAGAAAAGAGUUGAAUUUCAGUUGAAAAACAAUGUCGAGCAAGAGUUUAUGGAGUACAGAACAUCAUUAGUGACUAAGCCUGGAAAUCCACACGAUGCUUCCAAACAGCCAGUCCAAGGAGUUUUAAAAUUGACACCAGAUGUGAAUCGUAUAAAUCCAUUUUAUAAACUCCAAGAACGCUCUGCAAAAAAAAAUUCUAGAAAAUCUAUUAUUUAACUAAAUUUUUAACAGUAAAUUUUUUUAUACAAAAUAACAACACCAUAAUUGGUAAUAUUUUAUUUAAAUAAUUUUUGUUGUGACAA